AUGAAAUUCGGACGCACUUUACCUGCUUCCCAGGUCCCGGAAUGGUCGUCCUCAUAUAUUAACUACAAGGGCUUGAAGAAACUUAUCAAAGCUGCUGCGAACGCUGCGAAGGAUGGAAAGAAUGUUGAUUUAGCAGAAUUCUUCUUCUCACUCGAUCGAAACCUCGAAGAUGUCGAUGCGUUUUAUAAUAAGAAAUUUUAUGAUUCUUCCCGUCGACUUCAUCUCCUCCAACAAAGAUAUAGCGACGCGAAAGUUUACACUACACAAGGACUGGAUCGUAAUGAAGUUGACGAGUUAAUGGGAGCUCUUCUUGAGCUUAGAUCUCAAUUGAGGAAGUUACAAUGGUUUGGUGAGGUAAAUCGUAAAGGUUUCCUCAAGAUUACGAAGAAACUGGAUAAAAAGGUACCAAAUGCUUGUACCCAAGCAAGAUACAUGGCUUCAAAGGUCGACUUGAAACCUUUUGCAGCAAAUGUUGCUUUAUCCAAAGCUAUGAAAACGACAAAUGAUUGGAUUGCCGUUUUAGGGGAAAAGAACGUCAACGAUGAUGCCCUGUCCGUUCAUUCCGCACAUUCAAUCAAGAGAGCGUCAUCAAGAUCGAUUCUUAAUUUACCCAGCGCGCUAGUCGAUACAGUCGAUCAAGCAAUUAGGAAUGACGAUCUACCGACCUUGAAGGAAGCCAUUGCGAGCGCGGGCUUUGACGCCAGUGAUCAAUCAAUGCAAAAGCUCUUCUUGAACUUAUUGCAACGAUCCAUAUCUUGCAAGUCCAAGGACUCAAUUAUCUACUUUUUGAAGAUGAUAAAUUCUCUAGAUGAACCGGACGACAUCAAUGGAAGAAAUUGUAUUCAUCGUCUGGUUAUUUCUAUCAGUCGUUCAAAAGCCGCCGAAAAGUCACAGGAAAAGGAGCCAGAGAGCCUUUCUUUUGAAGAUGCUGAUCGCUUCAGAUUUAUUACGCCAGCUCAUUCACCGGACCCAGGACCAAAAUCCAAAAAACUUCAAGAGUCAACACUUCUAAGUUUAGAAGACGAGUCUGUCAAACUUUUGUCUUUUGUUUUGAGCAACUUGGAACCUCACCAGAGAUCAGCAUUAAAAGGCAAAGAUUCAUACGGUCGUUUCCCGUUACAUUACGCUGCGGAGUUUGGUUUUGUUGUCAUUUGUCAAUUGGUUAUGAAAUUCAUGCAGGAUUGGGGUCAAUUCAAUGUUGAAAAUGGAAUUGAUGCGCCAGAAUGGCAAGACGCUGAAGGUUUGGCACCUCUUCAUCUUAGUGUGAUUGGUGGCCAUGCUUUGACAACCAAAGCCCUUCUUGAUGGUGAAAAUUGGAAGGGUACCAGUGAUAAGAAAGCCGCCAUGAGACGAGAUAUUGCCAAGUCUAGUGCAGUUCUUGCUUUGGCUACAAAGUCUAACUUCAAGAAAAUUGUUAGACUUCUUGUCGAUGCUGGGGUUGAUAUCAAUUGGAAAGAUGCAAACUCGAAUGACGAGACUGCAUUGCAUAUCGCAGCACGAACUGGUCAUGAGGAGUGUGCAGAUAUUCUUCUUCAAGGAACAGUGGAUCAAAAAGCUGACUUUGAGCUAAUCGAAAAAGUAUACUCUUGGACACCAUUACACGUUGCUUCUGUUGAUGGUCAUCUCGGUAUCGUGGAACUAUUAAUAGCAGCUGGUGCCGACCUAUCGAAGGCUGAUGCUGGAGGAUGGACAGCUAGAGAGCAUGCAGCUUUAAGAGGUCAUAUGGAUAUUGCAGAACGACUGGCAUUUGUUGAGAUGGAGAAAGGUACUUCCGGAAGUGACAAGUCCACACAUGGUGACAGUGGCCCUUCAUCCCCGCCUAAAAACUCUUCGAUCGAAACAUUCCGAUCACAGAGCUCAAACCCUCCUCGAGUUACUGAACCCGUUAAGAGUUUUGGUCAUCGAUAUCUCACAAACGAAAGUAUGGUUCUUGUCAGUCUAGGUUCAAUGGAUAUGAGGAAGAAUAUUCCAGCAGUAAAGUUGGAAAAUAUUCCUAUUUCAGAAGCUCAUUCCACUCAACUCGACACUGCUCUAUCAAUUGUGGUUUCCGCCAAAGGGGCCACAGGAGAACCUACUAUUAUUGAUCUUCCCAUUCACGAUAAUAUCUCAACUGAUCCUAUCGUAUUCACAACCCUGGAUGCUUCCAAGGUUAAGCUGUACUUUGAUAUCGUACCGACAUAUGCUGGGAGUGAAAAGCAUAAGAUCGGAAGAGGAAUGGCAAUGUUGUCUAGUAUUAGACCUACGAUUGGAUUAAAACGCAUGAACCUUCAAGGUGAUGUCACUGUACCAAUCAUUUCCAAAGAUACUUUGGAGGAUAUCGGAACUGUCAACUUCAACUUCCUUGUUAUUACACCAUUUUCGCAUCCAGAAAUGGGAGUUACCGCACAGCAAACAUAUUGGAAGGAAUUAUCUUCAACAAUGGUCAUUGGUCAUAGAGGUCUUGGCAAGAACACUUCUGCAAACAAGUCACUUCAACUCGGUGAAAAUACUUUACAAUCUUUCAUUGCAGCUGCCAAUCUUGGAGCCAAUUAUGUUGAAUUUGAUGUUCAACUUACAAAGGAUCAUGUUCCUGUCAUCUAUCAUGACUUUCUCGUUUCGGAAACCGGAAUUGAUGCACCAGUUCAUACUCUCACGUUGGAACAAUUUCUUCAUGUUAACGAAACCACAUCUCGUUCAACUCGUCCUCCAUCUCCCCCGAAAGAUAGUCCACGAGUUCAAUCUAUUAAAAGAGGUAUGGAUCGUCAACGAUCAUUGUCUCUAGGCGAAGACAUGUUCGAGAACGCCAUGGCAGAAAGAAUGAAACACACACGCGAUUUCAAGCAAAAUGGGUAUAAAGGCAAUACCCGUGGAAACUUUAUUCAAGCUCCUUUCACCACUCUCGAGGAAAUGUUCCGUGAACUUCCUCAAAAUGUCGGUUUCAAUGUCGAAAUGAAAUAUCCUAUGCUUCACGAAACAGAAGAACAAGAGAUGGAUACUUAUGCUGUGGAACUUAAUAGUUUCUGUGAUACUGUCCUUACGAAGGUAUAUGACAUGAAACAAAAACGAAAGGUCAUUUUUAGUUCGUUUAAUCCGGAUAUUUGUUUACUUUUAUCAUUUAAACAACCAAGUAUUCCUAUUUUAUUCCUCACGGAUGCUGGUACCAGUCCAGUAGGAGAUAUCAGAGCUAGUAGUUUACAAGAGGCGAUUCGUUUUGCUAGUAGAUGGAAUUUAUUAGGAGUGGUUAGUGCAGCGGAACCAUUGUGUAAUAGUCCGAGAUUGGUAAAGGUGGUUAAAGAUAGUGGGUUGGUUUGUGUUAGUUAUGGUGUUUUGAAUAAUGAUCCGGUUAAGGUUCAGGAACAAGUAAACGAAGGCAUCGACGCAGUAAUCGUAGAUAGCGUCCUGAAAAUUCGAAAUGGUUUGACGAAGAAUGCUAAGGGUUCGGGUGCUGUAACGCCUGCUUGGGCAGAGGGCUUGUUGGGUGGUGUUAAGUUGGUUGAUAAAUAA